AUGUAUAAAGACAUUGACAUUAAUGAGAUUGAGAAGUUGAAAAAGGACUAAGAAAUGAUGUCGUUGAAGAGGGCCCCAACUAACAUGAAAGAGCGUUUUGGUUAAUCCAAUAAAGACUUUUUGGAAGAUGAAUUUAAACAAAAAACUGUUGGUCUGGUUACUCGCGAGGAAUUCAAGAGGAAAAGGGAGAAUAUUGAUAAUCUUGUGAUGCAGGACAUGAAGCAAAAACAGGAGGAGGAAACUAAAAGAAAAUUGGAACUCAAAUAAAAGCGAAAAGAAGAAUAUCAGAAGAAGACUACAUUAUUGUCCUUUGAUUUAGAUGAUGAGGGUAGUCUUCAGAAGAGCUAUGGGAAAAAUGAACACGUAGAUACCACCUAUUUACCAGACAUGAACAGAGAACGGAAAAUCGAAGAGAUGACCAGACAAUUGGCAGAAUAAUACUAGAAGGAAGUCGAAUCAUAAAAGGAUUCUCUUAUUGAUAUUUAAUUUCAAUAUUGGGAUGCCUCAACAGGUUCAAAAUCUUUGAGAAUCAAAAAGAAGAUGACGAUCUUGGAAUUCCUGGAAAUGGCUAGACGAGAGAUCAUUAGAGAUUUUGGAUUUCUGACUGAGUUUAGUCCAGAAGAUUUGAUCAUAGUUGCGAAUGGAAUGAUUCUGCCUCAUAAACUCAGCUUCUAUGAUCUUAUUGCUCAUAAAGUCAAGAAUAGAUCUGGUACUCUAAUCUUUUCAUUUGAUCGCAGAAAGGUUUAAGCAAAAGGAUAGGAAUACGAAGUAGAGGUUGAGAAUUCCACCAUAUGCAAAAUCAUUGAGAAGUUCAGAUAUGAAAAAAUAAAACAUAUUUAUCCAUGUUCGAAAUGGGAGAAUGUAGAAAUCAACAAAUACUUAUGACAUUUUACAACAAUUAAAACAACAAAAUAUAAAUAUUAAUA